AAGGUCUCUUGUCUUUCAACCAUCAUCAUCUCCACCACCGCUUGCCACUCUACUUUUUUACUACUUUCUAAUCUGUGUGUACUUCUUAUCGUUCCUCCGGACCAGAAAACUAAUGGAUCUCUGUGUAGAACUGCAAUAUGUCUGGUCGCGGAAAGGGUGGAAAGGGUCUCGGAAAGUGAGUGGCGUCUUUCAUUCGGGGAGCGGUCGGGGGAACUCUGGAGUGUGGAAUGGGAAGAACGGUGCACUGACUCACUUUUGGUACCGCUUUAGGGGCGGAGCUAAGCGUCACCGCAAGAUCCUUCGUGACAACAUCCAGGGUAUCACCAAGCCCGCUAUUCGUCGUCUCGCUCGUCGUGGUGGCGUGAAACGUAUCUCUGGCCUUAUCUACGAGGAGACUCGUGGUGUCCUCAAGAUCUUCUUGGAGAACGUUAUUCGUGACUCUGUACGUCCCAUGUCUGAGAAAUCGUUGUGCCAAUUUCGUACUAAUUCACUGACCUGCAGGUCACCUACACGGAACAUGCCAAGAGGAAGACCGUCACCGCUCUCGAUGUGGUUUAUGCCCUCAAGCGUUCCGGCCGUACCCUCUACGGUUUCGGUGCCUAAGUUUAUACGACCCGAUGUACGCACUCUUUGUUGGGACAUCUAUGGCGUCAGGGAGAAAUUCUGACUUGGCUGUUGGUUCUUGUGUACAGAUCACACAACCUAACUCGAUGUUGUUUUGUACACGUGGUUUUGAAUCCUUUCGUUCUGAGUAUGAUAUGUACUAUGUAUAGUUUCUAUCUCCCAUGACAUGAUGAGUAUGUAUCAGUGUAAGUAUAUCUAUGCUAUGAUUAAGUUUGACAUG